AGGCAGAGGGUAGUACAGGGCCAUAUAAUGCAGCAGCAGCAGCAGCUUUAGCGUGCAAAACAAGUUCUCUACAGAAUCUGAUUGGCACAGCACUUCCACAACUGGAAUAAUCACCAGAAAGCAGGAAGUUCGCUACCGUACCGAGCACCACUACUUUAUAGUAUAACAUUUGUGAAGUUCUGACACGACCAGUGAAAUAAAUAAAGUAACAAAAAUGCCUGGAAAGAAAGUUUGCAUUGUUGGAUCAGGAAACUGGGGAUCGGCUAUUGCCAAAAUUAUUGGCAAGAAUGUUGCAGGAUCCAACAGAUUUGAUCCCAUAGUGAACAUGUGGGUUUUUGAAGAAGAGGUUAAUGGCAAAAAGCUGACGGAGAUAAUCAACAGCGAACAUGAAAAUGUUAAGUAUUUGCCGGGACACAAACUGCCUAAAAAUGUGGUUGCUGUCCCAGAUGUAGCUGAAGCCUCAACUGGUGCAGAUAUUCUGGUCUUCGUUGUCCCUCAUCAGUUUAUUUCCAAACUAUGCGAUCAGAUCAAGCCCAAAAUCAAACCAGGGACAUUUGGAAUAUCACUCAUUAAGGGUGUAGAUGAAGGGCCUGAUGGCUUAAAGCUCAUCUCCAACAUCAUUCGAGAGAAACUGGAGAUUGAAGUCAGCGUGCUGAUGGGCGCCAAUAUCGCUAGUGAGGUGGCCGAUGAGAAGUUCUGUGAAACAACCAUAGGAUGCAAAAACGUGCAGCAUGGUCAGAUUUUUAAGGAGCUGUUUCAGACUCCAAACUUCAGAAUCACAGUGGUGGAAGAAUGUGAUACUGUAGAGCUUUGUGGUGCUUUGAAGAACAUUGUUGCAGUUGGCGCUGGAUUCUGUGAUGGGCUGGGCUUUGGUGAUAACACCAAGGCGGCAGUGAUUCGCUUGGGUCUGAUGGAAAUGGUGGCCUUUGCAAAGUUAUUCUGUAAAGGGACAGUAACCUCUGUCACCUUCCUGGAGAGCUGCGGAGUGGCCGAUCUCAUCACCACCUGCUACGGAGGUCGCAACAGGAAGGUAGCAGAAGCAUUUGUGAAAACAAAAAAAUCCAUAGAGGAGCUGGAAAAAGAAAUGCUUAAUGGACAGAAGCUGCAGGGUCCCCAGACAUCAGCAGAGGUGUACAAGAUUCUUAAAAAUAAGAAUAUGGCUAACAAAUUUCCACUGUUUACUGCCGUGUAUUUGAUUUGCUUUGAGGGCAGGCCAGUCCAAGAAUUCAUUACUUGCUUACAGGACCACCCCCAGCACAUGUGACCAGGGGAACACAUGGUCCUGCUCCCUACUCCUCUACCAACUCCAUGGUUCUCUCCUACAUUUUAAAUGCUUUGUACUUUGACCAUUAAACCAUUUCAUUGGCCUA